CCUGCCCGCCCCCCGCUCUCCUCCCUCCCUCUACUGCGAGCAACGCGGGCUCCGGAGGGAGAGAAGGGGCAGGAGAUUUAAAAAAAAAACAACAAACAAACAAAAACAACCCUUCCAAUCUUAAAACCAUCUUCCUCCUCUUUUCCUCCCUCCCCCCGCUCUAUUUCAGCAGGUAGGGGGCGUCCCGCCUCCCCCCUGCCCCCCAGGCCGGGGAGCCGGGGAGGGGGCAGAGCCGGACACAGGGGGGACCCUGGCCCCGGGCCCAACGGGGCUGGGGGCAUCCAAGACGGCCCCGGGCCUGCCGUUAGCGGUGGAGCACAGGCCGGCAGGGACGGCAAUGGUCGGUGCUGACGGUGGCUGAGCCCCCAGCCCCUGGAAUAUGCAGCCCGGGGGGUCCUCCGGAGGCAGCGGCGAGGACGCGGAGGCGGAGCGGGGCCGGAGGCAUGGUCUCCACCUAUCGGGUGGCCGUGCUGGGGGCGCGAGGCGUGGGCAAAAGCGCUAUCGUGCGCCAGUUCCUUUACAACGAAUUCAGCGAGGUCUGCGUGCCCACCACCGCCCGCCGCCUCUACCUGCCCGCCGUGGUCAUGAACGGCCACGUGCACGACCUCCAGAUCCUAGACUUCCCGCCCAUCAGCGCCUUCCCUGUCAACACGCUACAGGAGUGGGCAGAUGUCUGCUGCAGGGGCCUCCGGAGUGUCCAUGCCUACAUCUUGGUCUACGACAUCUGCUGCUUUGACAGUUUCGAAUAUGUAAAGACCAUCCGACAGCAGAUCCUGGAGACCAGGGUGAUCGGCACCUCGGAGACGCCCAUCAUCAUCGUGGGGAACAAGCGAGACUUACAGCAAGGGCGCGUCAUCCCGCGCUGGAAUGUGUCACACCUGGUCCGGAAGACGUGGAAGUGCGGCUACGUGGAGUGUUCGGCCAAGUACAACUGGCAUAUUCUUCUGCUGUUCAGUGAGCUGCUCAAGAGUGUGGGCUGUGCCCGCUGCAAACACGUGCACGCAGCCCUUCGCUUCCAGGGGGCCCUGCGCCGCAACCGCUGCACCAUCAUGUGACCUGCCCCUUCCCCAGCCUCGGGCCGGGGGAGCCACAUCCAGGUUGCUGCCCCUGGCUGGUGGGGCGUCGGGGGUCCGAGGUGGGGAACAGAGCCAGCCGAGAGUGUUAAGGUGGGGCUUUUGGCUUGCCAGGCUCUCCACUUCCAAAGUGGCCAGUAUGAGAUUGAGGACCAGGGCCCCUGUUGGGGGUGGGAGGAGGAUCCUGAGAGGCAGCUGGAAGGGGUGCUGAUGGGGAUGAGGAGGAGAUUAGAACCUGCAACCCAGCACAGGCCUAGCACCCAUCCUGACACCCAAACACAUACUUACACUCCCCCAACUACUCUGUCCUACCCUGGUGUGAGUCAGGGGGGGAAGGGAAGUAUUUUUCUCUCAACCCCUGUGGGAUCCCCAAUCCUUUGUCCCUCCUUGCCCUAACAUUUGUCUUCCUAGGACAGCCACACACAGAAAUGUAGCCUAUAAACACCCUCCUCCCAGAUUCUGCUGCCCUCUGGGACUGGGGUCCAGGGUUGGCCUGGAAUCCCCUUGAUGGGGAGUCCAUGCCACCUUGGCCUAAGGCUGUCACAUCUUGAGAAUCCAUCUGCCUCCAAAGUCUUCCUGAUCCUUUUCUAUCUGUCUUGUCUGUCUGUCCCCCCUUCUUAUGUAGGCGCUGGCCUUCUGUCCACCCUUUCCCCAGAUCCAUGAACCCUCCUUUUCCAUAGGGCUCUCACUUCUUCCAUCUUCCUGCCUCAGGUCUGUGUGUGUCUUUAUGGUCAUCCCCAAAGCUAAGCCUGUUGUUCACCACAGCAGCAGAGGGAGUAAAGGGCAGAAAAAAACACGCAUGGCCUCUCUGGGUCCAGGAUCAUGAGGUUGCAGUCCCAGGUCAGCAAGAGGGGAAGGGGGCAGAACCUCCAAAUGUGAAGCUGCCCCCUCCCUUCCCUCUCCAGGUAGACUUUUCCCACCCAGCAGCCUCCAGAGACACAACUCACCUACCUUCCAGCCUUAACUUGAUGGCCCGGUACCUGUCAGGUACUCCCUCCCUAACCCUCCAACCCCCAGAGCCAGAUCAACCUUUGGUUUGAAUAUUUUACUUUUAAUUAAUAGACAGUUUGGAACCAAAAACAAAAACACAAAAAAACACACAAAAAAAAACACAAAAAAAGGAAAGCAAAAAAACAAGACCGGGUUUCCCAUGGCAUCAAUUUUUCCAUCCUUUUGCCCUUUUAGAAUUGGGACUUCUGUGUCCCCUUGCAGGGCAUGGAUGACGGAUGGGACAACCUCCCCAGAGUUGCAGGGCCCGCUCCCCAGGAGGCCAAGCCAUGGGGUAGAGUGUGUCCUCCUCUCCUCCUCAACAUGGAAAGGGCAACCAGGGCAGGGCAUAGGCUCAAUUUGCCCAGAUUCUCCCUGCUGUCUUUGCCCCUUUGAUUACUUAGCUCCUUCCGAUCCCUAGACAAGCAAAACUAGGAAUUGAGAUAAGCAUGGGGAUCCCUCCCUCCCUCCCUCCCUAGAUUUAUCCCCAACCUCACCUUGGGAAGGGGAUCUGUUUGUGAAGUCCCCUCCUCCCUCUGGUUGGCCCUCCUUCCCAACUGCGGCCUCACCACUCUCCCCAUUUUUGCCGGCUCCCUGGCCGGAUUUCUACCUCUUGUCACCGGAGCUGAUCACUGUCAGUUUUGUACCAAUUUAGAAAUAACAAUAAUAAUGAUGAAAAUGACGCUAAUAAUAAUGUAAGGGCUAGGAUGCUGGCUCUCAGAGCUGGGGGGCACAGAGCGAGGAAGAGAGAAACCAUCCUGUGUCCCCACAUAUAUGCUUUCUCACCUACCAAGGGGCAGACCAUACAAUAAGUUAAACCCCACAAAUCUAUGUUCAGUGGCAAAACAGUGGCGUGACAUUACUCCAGGGGUGUCUAAGUCGACUCUGCCUGAGAACUCAGCUUGCUUGGACAGAAGAUAAAUUGAGUCCAGGAUGAGGCUGGUGACUGGGGUUGAGAUUGGGAGGGACCCUGGGGAUGUGGAGGGGUUUCUCGGCAGGAUCUAGGGUGUGGGGAGGGGCCAUGGUACUCUGUUUCCCCAGCUGGUCCCCCAGUCUCCCCUAGAGUCCAAACAGACUCGUGACAGCCCUAACCCUGGGCAAUCCAGGACUCCUGGAUUUUAGUCCUCGUCAUGCUGUGUAAUCUUAGGCAAGUUGCUCUCCCUUUCUGAGCCUCCUUCUGAAAAAGAGGAGAUGGCUCCCCUUCCCCACCCCUUCAGGUGGCUGGGAGGGUAAACGGGAGUUCCUCAUGUCCUCCUUCCCUUGUACCACUGUCCCUCAUUCAGAGGGACCAGAGAUGGGAAGGAAAAGUGACAUCUCGGCUGCCCCGUGACAUCCUAGCUCCACUGUGUCCUCCCUGGAUGGGUGUGUGCCCUCUGGAAAGGGGGUCAGGGGGACCAAAGCUUCCCCCCCUCUUCACACACACCCCCUUGGUGGAAGCCAUCUGAAUGUAUCACCUGACUGAUUCUCCUGCACCUUCUUUUGCUUCUUUGGAUUUCUGGAUCCCCCUCCCCAUCCCAACAGUCUCUAUUCCCCCUCCCCAGGGUUUCCGGCCAUAGGGUCUGGAAGUGUCUGUAAAGCCUGUUGCGCUGUUAUGGGAAGUCAGAUUAAAAAAUCAGGGAGCAUUUUCCCUUGUUUCUGUA